AUGGAUUCCUGGCUCCUCCAGAUCCAGGAUCGAGAUGACAUCCUGGGCCGGGGGGAGCGGAUCUCCAAGCGGGCAGGUGUCCACGGAUCCUCCUCUCCUCGGGGAACUGGCGAGAUGCACUCACUGGGACAAAGCUCCUGCAAAAAGAGACGCCGCCCCCGGGCGCAGCAGGCGUCGCAGAUGCUCGGGGGUCUCAGGGCGCAUUUGAAUCCGGUCCUGAUGCGCCAACAUACACAGGAUCGUGAGCUCUUCCAGCAAGGGCCACUCCGGGGGACAAUGUUCGCGCGGGUGGAUCAACCGAUUCAUGUCCACGAAGUCGGCAUGGGGCUUCCACCCUCUAUUCCGCAUAUCAUGCGUGGAUCGGCGAUAUUCAUGUCGACAUCUACCGCUGCCACGAGAAAUACGGUGAGAACCCCUGCGACCGCCCCUGGUGACGGACGGCGCUCAUGGGAGACCGGAGACCAUGUGCAGUAUGCGCCCGACCGGCUACUCAUCAACACGCCGGGGGCCGUUCACGACAUCUACAGCCAUCAGGCGCCCGUGAAGAAGUUUCGCAAUUAA